UCUUGGGCGCCAGUCACCAACCUAUUCCACACCCGAGGAUUCCGAAACAGACUUCAAAUUCAACACUUCAACACCAAAAUAAUGGAGAGAACAAUAUCCCUUGGUCUUCAUUCUAGAUUUCCGCUAUUCCCCGGAUUUCUAACUUCCCUGUUUCAGCCUGAUUUGGAGCUGUAUUAUCGCUCACUUAAACGGUCGGAUUUGACGAAUCUUUGCGGGUCGAUUAUCGUCUUCACUUGUUGUAGUUAUAGUGGCGAGAGGCGCGCUGGAUUUGGAGGCAUUAGUUUGAAUCUUAGUUUCAUUCAGGAUUGAGAUUAGUUCUCCCCCCCUUUUGCUCCUUCUGUUAUCCCUUGGUGUUUGGUGAUAUGGGCAAAGGGCUGUCAAAGCUCGAAACUUCACUGGUUUCUGGGUCUGAUUGUGAGCCAUCUGAGGAAACCUCUCACCUGGAAUUUCCCUCCUCUGACUCUGAAUUGGAUUGGGAUUCAUUAACUGAUCAUGUUCAUAGUGACAAGGAAGUACCGAGACUCCCUAAUACAGAGAAUCGAGAUCAAUCUGCAGCCAAUCUGAGUAUAAAAUGCAUGGAAACCUGGCAAAAUGAGAUACCAGGGGAGUUUCCUAGGCAGUCAUGGAGUACGCCUUCAAGUCAUCCCCAUCAUAGCUGUCAACAGAAUGCUCAUACUCACGUGGAUAUGUUGCAUGAAGAUUCUCUUCACUACGAAUAUAAUCAGCGGUUUUCAUUUAGCAAUAGAAGGGGAAAUCCACAAAGUCGUCAUAAGUAUCGUCACCAUGCGAAUCAGGACUUACCUGGAUCUUCAAUGGGUUUUUCCUACUAUGACGAUAGGUAUCUACAUUAUCCAGCUGAGGCUAUUUCUAUGGCUAUACCCUCCAGUUUUCCAAAGUUCCAGAAGCAUGUAGCUGAGCAAAAUCCCCCACCCACUGCUUCACCUACUCCUCCCCCUCCUCAAGUCUCUACAUGGGGUUUCUCAUAUUUAUUCGACUUGAAUGAUGAUAAUUAUUAUGAAAAUAUUCAUCUUAGUUAUGGUCAUAACACGAGGUCUAACAGUAGCGAUUGUGAUGUGAGAGAAAUAAGGGAGAGAGAAGGGAUUCCUGAUUUGGAAUAUGAAGCAGAACAAGGUUCAAAAGACUCAGGAUUUGAUGAGAAGGGGUUGAAAAGAGGGAAUCUCAACUCAGGUGAUGGCACUUCUAAUGCUGCGCAAUUAAGUUCUCGUACAGAUGCAUUCUUUGAUGAAGAAAGAACACCUAAGGAUAGAGACAGUAACACUGAGAAAGAGAUCAAGGCUAAUACUGAAAUAGUUGCAUCAAAGAACUUGGAGCCUGGGAUCAGGGAAGGUGAGAGUUCUGAUGCAGAAGAAGCAAUGGUACUAAGCAGUAAAUCUCUAGGAACAUGUUGUAUUUCCUCACCAGUUACUAGUUGUAAAGUGGGUCUGAAAGAAGCAAUACAGGAUAUAAAGGAUGAAUUCGAAAACUUAAUUAAUUUUGGAAAAGACUUCUCAGCAACUAUUGAGGUGGGCAAGCAACCACAUCACUCCUUGAGCUCCAGGUUAAGGGGUUUUGCUUCUCUUGUCCUGGGACUGAUUUUUCCUUCAGUAGUGAAAUGUUCGCAUCCUCCUCCACGUAUUCUGUCAAACUUAUUAGCUCACAAAGGACAGCUGUCGUGCAGUACUGAGAAGACAAACAAUCAGGGACGUGUUUCUGCAAUGUUUGGUGACCUUUCAUCCGCUUUGGAGCUGCUGUGUUUGUGGGAAAAAAGACUUUACAAGGAAGUUAUGGGUGAAGAGAAACUUCGAAUUCUAUAUGAAAAGAGAUAUAAGAGGCUCAUAGAUUUGGAUGGUCACGGUGCAGAAUCAGAUGAGAUCAAUGAUUCCUGGGCUUCUGUCAGACAUAUGCAAACAGAAAUUAGUGUAGCUGUUGCAUCAAUUAGUGUGGUAUCAAGAGAGAUUGAAAGGUUAAGAGACGACAAGUUGCUUCCUGAACUCAAUAAAUUGAUUGAAGGAUUAAUAAAAUUGUGGAAGUAUAUGGGAACGUGCCACCAGAAACAAGUCCAAAUCAUCAUGAAGGCCAAAAGUCACAUACAUAUAUUAGAUCCGAGUAGGAAUCGUUCAAACCCACGGGCUACUUCAAGACUGGAAACUGUGAUCUUGAACUGGGGCAUAUGUUUUAGUAAUUUUGUAAAAACACAGAAGGACUUUGUGAAGUCCUUGAACGAGUGGCUUCUAAGGUGUAUGCUCCCAGAACCUGAAAAAACUGUAAAUGGGACUGAUUCUUUCUCUCCAAGCAGGAUUGGAGCUCCUCCAGUUUUCAACUUAUGCAAUGACUGGUACCAUACAAUUGACUCGAUUUCAGAAAUUGGAGUUUCGAAUGCCUUUUCUAAUUUUGCCUCCGGCUUGCACCAUUUAUAUGAGAAGCAGAAAGAGGAACAAGCACAAAAAGCUAGAGUGGAUAAUCUCUUGUGGGAUUAUGAGGACGGGCUUAAAUCCCUUCAUAAGAAGAAUCAUGUGAGCUUUCACCGUGAUUUCUCUUCUAUUAUGGCAGCCUUGGAGGAUGACGUAGAAGCUGAAGUUCCCUUACUGGAGGGAUUUGAUGAGAGUUUAAAACUGUUAGGGAAAAGAUUACUUGAACAGAGAGCAAGACACACAGAGGUUAUAAGACAGGUCAAUGACACUGCUUCAAGUUGCUUACAAGUGGGUUUAUCUCCCAUUUUUGAGGUAUUGGAGUGCUAUUGUUUUGAACAUCUCAAAGCUUAUGAGCUGCUUAGACUUCCAAAUGCUGCGUCGCAUGAGUAGCAUUUCUUGAUUCGGGAAUGCUUGAAUUUUGACAAGAUAUGUAUGUGUGUGUCUCUUUGAAGUGUAAAAUUUAAUUUGUAGGAUAUAUUCAAGCAAAGAAUGAAAUUUUGGUUAUGCUGGAA